AUGCUAAUGGAGGAGUGUGGUGCCACUCUUCAAAAGAAGCUACAAUUGAAAAUCAAAGAUCCAGGGAGUUUUACUAUUCCAUGCACUAUUGGAGAUUUAAAUUUUAGUAAAGCUUUAUGGGAUCUUGGUGCCAGCAUUAAUUUGAUGCCUAUGUCUAUUUUCAGAAAGUUAGGAUUGGGAGAAGCCAAAGCCACCACUGUAUCAUUACAAUUGGCUGAUCGAUCAAUUAAAUAUCCUCGAGAUGUCAUUGAGAAUUUAUUGGUCAAGGUGGACAAAUUCAUAUUUCUAGCUGAUUUCAUAAUUUUUGACAUGGAAGAGGACCAUGACAUCCCUAUCAUUUUGGGACAUUCAUUUUUUGCCACCGGUCGAGCUUUGAUGAUGUGCAAAGGGGACAACUCAUUCUAA